CAUUAGAGCACCCAGUAAUCUCUGCCUGUCUCUGUGUGGUUUGCUGAACACCCAAUCAGCCAGCCGGUCUGUUACCCACAAGCCCGGUGUGCAGUGUAUUAAGGGAGUGUACACAAUAAGCUGAGUUGUGGAGUUUCUGCUAUAGCCAGUCAGCCAUUUGGAAGAGCAUAUUAUCCCGGCAGAGCUAAGCCUCUUCUGAGCUGAGGAUUGCUCCACUGAGUCAGAGUGUUGCUGUUGUUGCUCUCACCUGCUGUGGACAGCAAACCAGCAUGGCUGACUGACUGAACUCAAAGCAAACCAGGCCUGCCACUCAGCUGGAGUCACUCAGAGUUGAUGUGAAAUGGCUCUCCGCAGAUCCCCCUCCUCUACCUGUGCAGGAUCAUGGACCAAUGUUGCGAGCUUCAUGCGAGUUGCCACAGCAAUCAGCGAGUCUUCGUCCAUCCACAGCGAGGGACUGUAUCAUCUGACCAAGGACAUGUCCAGCAUCGGACUGGACCCCAUGUCCCACAGCAUCUUGGAGCCUGCUGCUUACAAAGAACAAUCCUGGGCUGAGGAAUCAGAAACUUUGUUACAGCGCAACAGCAUGCAGAUAACCCCGAGUGAAGACAAAAUCCCAGCCGUGGAUUCACUUUCAAACCCUAGGGCCAGUGCAGAAGGCUUUUACUUCUCCGAUGGCCGACGAAAAGUUGACUACGUUCUGGUCUUCCAUCAUCGACGGCCCGCCUCCAUACGAUCUCGUGCCAGCGCCUCAAUUUCACAUGACAGGUUAUCCAUUGUUUCCAAUGGCAACUUUGCACCUUCGGUGAGCUCAGAUCCGACGGCAGGAAGAGGCCACAUACCGAGAGUGGGGUCUGGAUGUGUUGGCGAAGUGUUCAUGGAGCUUGGUGGUGCAGGAGGGAAUGAGCUGACAGAGCCUGCUGACCAUGAGAUGCAUCUAAUCAGACAGGAAUUUGAGGCUAACCUGCUGGAGGCUGGUCUGGAGAUAGAGAGAGACAGAGAGGUGAAGGCCCAUGGGCCCAGUUUCACUCGUCUCCAUGCGCCCUGGCCAGUACUGUGUCGAGAGGCUGAGUUUCUCAAGAUCAAAGUCCCCACCAAAACGAGUUACGAACUUAAAGAGGAAAGUGGUUUCGGGUCCAGUAUGAACACAGUGUGGAGGAAAAUGAACCAGCCUUUCCAGCCCAAAGUACCGCAUCAGGACCAAGAGCGCACCAAAUUUCUCACGCACUGCUUCUCCAGGGACAAACUCCAUCUGUACAACAUCACAUCUAAAGACACAUUCUUUGACAACGCCACAAGGGGCCGAAUAGUAUACGAGAUCCUGAGGCGGACAGUGUGUGUACGAACCUGUCAAACCAUAGGCAUCAGCACAUUGAUAGCUAAAGGAGUGUAUGACGCAUCCUUCCCUCUUCACGAUGGUGAUUACAAGGUCAUCGGACACCUUGAGGAGAAGAGCGACAGACAGGUUCUGCAUGACGAGUGGGCUAAAUACUCAGCCUUUUACAAGUACCAGCCCAUCGAUCUGGUCAGGAAGUACUUUGGGGAGAAGAUCGGUCUAUACUUCGCAUGGCUCGGUGUUUACACUCAGCUGCUGAUACCAGCCUCUAUAGUGGGAAUCAUUGUGUUUGGCUAUGGGGUGGCGACAGUGGAUACAAAUAUACCCAGUCUAGAGAUGUGUGACGAGCGUCUCAAUUUCACCAUGUGUCCUCUGUGUGACGGAGCCUGUGACUUCUGGAAGCUCAGCUCUGCCUGCGGCACCGCCAGAGCUUCACACCUCUUUGAUAACCCCGCCACAGUCUUCUUUGCCAUCUUCAUGUCUCUAUGGGCGGUGCUGUUCCUGGAGCAAUGGAAGCGCCGUCAGAACAGUUUGAGCCUCAGUUGGGAUCUGACAGGCAUUGAGGACGACGAGGAACAUCCCAGGCCAAAAUACGAGACAAUCCUCCUUCAGAAGAGACAGAGGAAUCAGAAAAAUAAGAAGAAAAAGAAGAAGAAGAAAAAGAAUGAGCCAGAGAAGCAGGAGGAUGGGACAGUGACAGGAAAGGACAGAUGGAGACAAAAACUACUGUCUGCUAUGGCUGCAGGACCACCGUCUACCAUAGAGAAGUUGACCUGGAAAGACCGUCUCCCUGGAUACUUGAUCAACGUUUCCUCUAUCCUCUUUAUGUUUGGCUUGACGUUUUCAGCAGUUUUUGGCGUCAUCAUCUACCGCAUCACAGUGUCGGCCCUGAUAGCGAUGAGCCCCGACCCGGAGACCAAGGCCAAUGUUCGGGUUACGGUGACGGCCACUGCGGUCAUCAUCAACCUGGUGGUUAUUCUGAUCCUUGAUGAGAUCUACGGCACUGUGGCAUUGUGGCUGACUGAGCUAGAAAUUCCUAAAACGGAAAGCAACUUUGAGGAGCGUCUCAUCCUGAAAGCUUUCUUGCUGAAGUUUAUGAAUGCAUACGCACCCAUCUUUUAUGUGGCUUUCUUCAAGGGAAGGUUUGCUGGACGACCUGGAGAUUACGUCUAUGUCUUUCAGGAUCAUCGGAUGGAGGAGUGUGCACCAGGAGGCUGCCUCAUCGAGUUGUGCAUUCAGCUCAGCAUCAUCAUGCUGGGCAAGCAGCUGAUCCAGAACAACAUCUUUGAGAUCGGCAUCCCGAAGUUGAAGAAGCUGGUGCGUGCAUUAAAGGAUAAAGGAUCAGCGGAGAAGGAGAUGGAGGGGGAGAGGCCUCCCCAGCAGUGGAACCUGGACUACGCCCUGGCUCCUUUUGAAGGCCUCACGCCUGAAUACAUGGAGAUGAUCAUCCAGUUUGGUUUUGUCUCUCUGUUCGUGGCUUCGUUCCCGCUUGCUCCGCUCUUUGCCCUGCUCAACAACGUCAUUGAGAUCAGACUGGAUGCCAAGAAGUUUGUGACAGAGUUACGCAGGCCAGUUGCCGUACGUGCAAAGGACAUUGGUGUAUGGUACAACAUACUGAGUGGAAUGGGAAAAUUCUCAGUCAUUAUAAAUGCCUUUGUGAUCUCCUUCACAUCAGACUUCAUCCCCCGGCUCGUCUACCAGUACACAUUCAGUCAGACCGGCACCAUGCACGGCUUCAUUGACCACACGCUCUCCUACUUCAACGUGUCCAAUUUCCAACCUGGCACGGCACCGCUGAACUCACAGCAAGGAAACAUCACCAUCUGCCGGUACAAAGACUACAGGGAGCCGCCCUGGUCUCCAGACGCGUACAUGGUCUCCAAACAGUACUGGUGUGUCCUGGCUGCAAGACUGGCUUUCGUCAUAUUGUUCCAGAAUCUGGUGAUGUUCCUCAGCCUCGUGGUUGCCUGGGGGAUCCCGGACGUUCCCAAAAACGUCGUGGAGCAGUUCAAACGGGAGAAGAAGCUCCUGGUCGAGGUGUUCUUACGGGAAGAGAAGGAGAAAUUCCAACUCAUCCAGAGCCUUUUCUCCAAGGACGGCACCCUCCGCCCAGCCAGCCACAUGCUCCACCCGGGUCAAGGCUUGCCCAUCCCGGGCCGCUACAGUACUCUACCCCCGGUUCCAACACAGGGCUUGGCUGGAGACGGAGGAGUGCCGAGAGCGAGGUGUAGGGCCGCCAGCUUCAGCCAGUUCACCGGGCAGAUUCCCCCGUCGCCCAGAAAUGAAAAUGAGAAUUCAAGACACACGGCGGUGUGACACGGAACACACACAUCUUUGGGACGCCUGUGCUACAGCUGGGCCUCAGGACUGGAUAAACGUGUUGCUCUGGUGAUUCGGUCCGUAAAUGUCUUUGCCUGUGUCUUUUGUGUCCUGGUGUGUCUGACACAGUACUAGUGUGAUUAAAAAAAACAAAAAAAAUCACAGCAUAAUUUUGAAGACUUUUGAAUUCAUUGGUCGUAGUGUGGUUCAAUGUGCAAUGUCCACACUGGUUGAACGGGUGUCUGUGUUGUUCCUCCUCGCAUCGACUGUUCACCUGAUAAAAUGUUAGGAUUUUUACUUUUUGGUAAAAAUAUUAAUGAUUUAGCAAGGCACACUUGCUUCAUAGCGUAGACAAGCAAUAAUUACAGUAUUAGGCUGAACAACUGAAUAUAACAAGAACGUGGAAGAGACUGGAGAUAAAGAAAGAACUAAUAACAAAUGGACAGAUUCAUUGAUGAGCACUUAAUCAACACAACGGAUUCAUGGACAUGGGCUUAUUACUAGGGCUGAGGACUGCUUUAUGUGCUUAUGCUCUAUAUGUAUUUAUGUUUUUACCAGAAUUUGUAGCAGCUGCGACAUUCCACUUUUCCUGUACAAUACAUUUUAAGACAUGGACCUGAAAGCACACCAUUUACUGUUCCAGCUGAUUUUUUUCCAUAAAAUUCAGAAAUCACUUUGAGUAAUUUAAAAAUGCAAUAAAAUUGUAAUGUUAGUCAAUACACAGCUGCUGGUUAUUGUUUUUCUGCAUUCUGCUCUACGUAUUUGAUGUAUGGAUUCAUAUGCCAAUGUGGCACACUGUUGCAUGCCACUCAUAGAUUAUAGUCCAAGCUGUUGUUUUAGGAAUAGAUCUGUGAAGCAAAUGUUUUUUUUCUGUUAGCCAUAUGGACUUAAGUAAGAAUGACUUAAUAACUACACUUAAUAACUUCUGAAUGCACAGAGAAAGCCAACUCUUUUGCAAACUGUGAAAGGCAGUGAGCUAGAUAUUAUCUCACUGCUUUUAUUGCCAAGGAAACAAAUGAUUCCCUUGACAACACUUCCUUCAUUAUGAAAUACCAGACUGUAUAAUCUGACAUUCCUGCCGGUCAGUAAUACAUCUGGGUUACUACUGCCCAAAUAGAACUGU